AAAAUAUAUGUUUCAAAUUGUGAUGAUUAUAAAAAUUACAAUCUAACUUGAAAAUAAAUUAUAAAGAAACAUGUCUUAUUUUAAAAAGCACAAUGCAUUUGAUGUACAUUCUUUAUUUUGAAGUCACUCCAUGAAAUCACAACUGUGUUCUUCCUGUCGUCAAGCAACGGAAACUUCUCGCCGCUGCAGGUUGACUACAUAACUCAGGGGCAGUUAUUUCUUGUUGGAGCUAGUAGCCACCGACGGCCCGCUGUUCCUCCAGCUGAUUGAUUUGGAGUGGGGAGAGCGCGAGCGUCUGCCUUUGGUUUACCCGUCGCGCAAUGAAGACGGCCGCGACAAAGUGACUUCCCUCCGCUAAAACCAGCUAGCCGUGCUAGUCGCGCUCCUUCACCGUGCCCGGACAAGUGAGCUGUCCCAACUUUCUCCAGCUUGGCCAGCUCGAUUUCUUUUUGCCACCAGGACUUAAAAUGGCUUUAGUCACAGCGGUGAGACGACUCGCUCAGGUUAGUUUACGAGAAUAUUCUCGAAGGAGGACGGCGGUGUCGUGUUGGGGAGGCUGGCAGGCGGCAGAAAGGAGUUUCUCCACCGGAUUACAACCCCUCAGGUCAGACAACAAAGUGAUGGUCCACUUCGUCAACCGGGACGGGGAGAAGAUCACAGUGAAGGGCUCGCCUGGAGACUCUCUGCUAGACAUAGUCAUUAAUGAAGACCUCGACUUUGAUGGCUUUGGAGCAUGCGAGGGAACGCUGGCGUGUUCCACGUGCCACCUGAUCUUCGACGAGGACGUGUACAAGAAGCUGGGGCCGGUCACAGAUGAGGAGAUGGACAUGCUGGACUUAGCCUAUGGCCUGACCGAGACAUCUCGUCUGGGUUGCCAGAUCUGCUUGUCCAAGUCUCUGGAGGGAAUGGUGGCCAGAGUUCCAGAGAGCGUAACCGACAUCCGGCAAAGCAAAGAUGGCUCAUCCUAACCGGGAGACGGGCAGGACGCUCAAGUCACAACCUUUGAUGUUACUGGACUGGUCCAUCUAGUAUAAAAUAAAAGUAUUUAUGAGCUAUAAUCUGUCUAGAUGAAACUCUUCUAAUCUAGUUGCUUGAUUUAAUCCGAUGUCUGAAGCAAAUCUCGUCCCGGCUUGUCAGAUUCCACGUGGAAAUACAAGUUCAACGCCUUAAAGAUCAUUCCUACAGUCGGAUCUUCACCUGGUAUUCCCUCCCUGUAACUGUUUUAUCAUGUGAUUGUACAGAGCUAGAAGAUGUAGAGCCUUAAUAAAGUCACUUUCUAACUUUCAUGUUAAAUUUGAA